CACCUGCCACAGAAAGAAAUAAAAAUGGAAAUGAGACCCAGUCUUCCAAAUACCUAAGCUGGUAUGUAAUUUUAAUUGUGUGACUGUAACGAUCUGUUCUGCUCAGCUGUAGGCUUGGAGUGCUGCUGUCAUGCUCGGGAAGGGGUGUAGCCGCUUAAGGGGCUUAUGGGCUUUGUCAGUUCCCAACAAAGCUGCUUUAGUACUGAAAGGGAACUGCUUCAGUUUGCAAUACAUUAACAAAUACGUUUAGUCGAGUCUUGCAUGCCCUUUUUCCUGAAGGAAAGGUGGAGGAUGGUCUCAGCCUUUCAGCUUUCCCCAUGUGCCCACGCCGAGGUUGUGAGACAGUGAUGGGGGUUUGGGGUGGCACCUACACCCAUAUUCCAAGUUUCAGCAGAGGGACAAAGUAGAAAACGAGCAAUGUCGCAUUUAGAGUGGUUUAAUAUAUUUUCGCCUUCUGACAGAAGAUGAACAAGCACUAUUGUAUUUAUAACUUUUAGCUGUUUUUCCCUACAAAUAUUUUUAGAAAUUUGAAAUGCAGUUCUUUUAUUUUUUACGACUGUGUUUUUUUUGAAUGCGUGUUAGCACUCGAUCUCUGUUGUGCCUCUGCGUGUGUUUAUGUCCGACUCGCCCGUGCGGCCCAGCGGCACCGCCAGGCCGCGGCCGCCCCCCCGCGUUGCCAGGGCAGCGGCGGCGGGAGCGGCUCCGGGCCGCCAUGAGCAGGAAGGGGAGAAAGCUCCUGGUGGACUCGCUGACCCGAUCCGCCAAGCACUUUACCAAAAGCGAAGUGGAAUGUCUGAUCAAGCUCUUCGACACGCUGGUGGCCAAGGCCAGCAGCCAGUUUGCUGGGGCCGGCUUCGACCGCACCGUGUUCCGAGACACGCUGUACAACGCCUUUGGCAUGACGGAUGACGUGGUGCUGGACCGAGUGUUCAGCACUUUUGAUAGAGACAACACUGGCUGCAUCACUGUGGAGGAAUGGGUGGAAGGCUUAGCAGUGUUACUUCGAGGGACACUGGAAGAGAAGAUGAAAUACUGUUUUGCCAUUUAUGACCUGAAUGGUGAUGGAUACAUUUCGAAAGAGGAAAUGUUUCAAAUGCUGAAACACAGCCUUCUCAUACAACCAGCAGAUGAAGAGCCUGAUGAGGGAGUUAAGGACUUGGUAGAGAUAGCACUGAAGAAAAUGGACUAUGAUCAUGAUGGCAAACUUUCUUUUACGGACUUUGAAAAAGCAGUCAGAGAUGAAAACCUUCUCUUAGAAGCCUUUGGACCAUGUUUGCCAGACAUAAAGAGCAGAAUGGCAUUUGAGCAGAAAAUUUUCCGGGAAACUCCUAAAUAGUAACUCCAAGUUGUAGCUCCACUGCUGAAUACUAUUAAAAGGGGUCGUGGUCUUCACCAUUUCUUCGUCAUAUAGUAAAAACAGUCAUAUUUCAAGUUGCUCCUAAGCUUCAGUAUUCCUUUGCUGUUAAAGCUGUUGAAUAAAUGAAUUUACUUCUGUAACUCUACCUUUGCUCCUAAGCUUCCGUAUUCCUUUGCUGUUAAAGCUGUUGAAUAAAUGAAUUUACUUCUGUUACUGUACCUAAA